UACUCAUCUUCUCAAUUUGCUUUUGCUAUAUUGAGUGUAAAGAGCUACACACAUGGCCAUGGGAAGUGGUAGUGCAAGCCAAGUUGUGGCUUUUGGCUUGUUGGUUAUGCUAUGCUUUGUUAUGCAUGGUGAGCUCGCCGAGUCGGCGACGACGUACACCGUCGGAGACAGCGGUGGGUGGACCUUCAGCUCCGGUGGCUGGCCAAGCGGAAAGCGCUUCAAGGCAGGCGAUGUGCUUAUGUUCAAGUACAAUCCGUCGGUACACAACGUUGUUGCGGUGAACGCGGCGGGCUACAAGAGCUGCAAGGUGCCGCGAGGCUCCAAAACCUACACCUCGGGCAGCGACAGUAUCACACUGGCAAGAGGAACGAACUACUUCAUCUGCAGCUUCGCCGGCCACUGCCAAUCUGGCAUGAAGAUUGCCGUCACCGCAGCAUAAUAAAAAAAAAAAGAAAAUUAAUAAUUUUGCAAUCUACAACAUAUUAAGGGAUUAUAUAUGUUGCUCAUAGCUAGGUCUAUAUAUGGAGAGAUCAUUGAGGAGAAUAUCAUUUGUAUGACUACAUAUAUAUAUAUAUGAGACAGUAAAUAAAUUAAAUGGUUGGUGGCUCAUGAACUUUGUUCCCGGGCAAUCAAUUAUUUAAACUUA